CCAGACCUAACUGUUUGACUUAUGUUUUUUAUGGUUUCAAUGUUUCAAUUGUAAAAUAACCCAAUUUAUAGGCAAAUAGAAAAGCCAAGUCGAGUCAGUUCAGCAACAUGAGUCGGCAGCUGACGUUCCAUCUGCAAGCUCCCGAGGAGGAAGAGUUCCCAGCGGAUCUGGUGGAGAUUAACCUGAACCCCAACUGCGGCCAGGUCAAGCAGCAAUCUGCCCAGGCUCUGGACCAGUUGCUCCUAUCCACGCCCCCUCACAGGGGCUAUCCAUACGGCUAUGCCGAGGAGUCGGAGCCGGACACCUACUUCUGCCGGAAGAGCAACUCCACGGGGCAGCUGGCCGAGAAGGUAUCACCUCCGCCGCCGGCGGCCACCAACAUCAGUUGCCUUCGACAGAUGUACUGUCCGGAGUGCCACGAGCGGUUGCACGAGCAGGGAGUCCGGCUGGAGCGACUCCUGACCAUGUGCUGCUUUGCCCUGCUGCCCAUUUAUCCCUGCUGCCCGAGACGAUCCGCCAACGACUGCAAGGUCAUCUGUGGCAAGUGUGGCUACCUCUUGGGGGCAUGGAAAAGACAAUAAGGAGAGGGGGGUGGGGGUUUAUCGGGCU